AUGUCAUUUUUUGGUUUUGAACAAAACGAUCUAGAAAAGGAAAAGGCCAACUUUCUGAGAGGUCGUGUCCACGAACCCGAAGAUAUCGCCGUAUAUACUUGGGGCGAGGAAAGCUACGAUGGGCUCGGGGAUGCUCUUCUCGAAGGCGGUGAUGACCUGAAUAAUGAGACUUUUGGUGACGCUGGUGUCGUCGGAAAGGACUUUGAUUUCUCCAAUGCCGCCCUUCCUGAUGACUUGGGCCAUCCGACAAGCCAGUCUGGCCAUCCUUCUGAAUUCGCCAGGGAGCCGGCUCCAUCUAAAUUCGGUGCAUUACAAGGACAGCAGCAGCAGCGAAGUCAGUACCAAGAUCCAAAGCCCAAAUCCGCAACAUCCUCCGUGAGGUCUAGUCAAAACGCCGCUCGUUCAACGCCACCGUCUCUGGAAGCUAUCUGGAACGAUACUUCCCCGUUCUCUGUUCUCCCUGGACGCACCGGUAGUAGUAAUGGCGCUGGCCGCUUGGGCACGGAUCCAUCUAGGAUGGGGCUGUCUACUUCUCCGCGUCCCCCUUCAGCAUUUAACGGCAACCACGCCCAAAGCAAUCCAACCGCCCCCAGCAAAUUCUCGCCCUUCGAUAAUGGUCACGAAGAACCUCUGGCUAUACACCAACCUCUUGGUCACGGAGGACAUGGUGUUCGAACUUUGCAAGAAAUCGAGGCCGAGAUGCGUCUUGCUGCCCAGCGUCAGCAACUCCAGCAACAGAAGGAGCAACAGCUCGUCCGCCAGCGCCAGUUGAUAGAACAGGAACAACUUCGCAUCCAGCAGCAGGAGCAGGAGCAGGAACUACUCGUUCGUCAACGCCUUCAACUUCAGCAAGAACAGCAGCAGCAGUUGCAGUUACAGCAACUUCAGCGGCUUCAGCAGCAACAGUACCUCCAGGAACGGGCGCAUCAGCAUCAACGUACUCCCCCUCCUCGAAUGCUCCCGGUGUCCCAGUCGCCUCGGUUCCAUGACGCUCAACAACGUCAACUAUUGCUCCUUCAGCAGCAACAGGAACAGCAGCAACAACAGCGACUACUUGAACUGCAGGAGCGCUUACGUAUUGAGGACCUGGACCGGCAACUCCGUGCUACGCAAAUCUCCCAACUCAACCAAGGGCCUACUGCUCAUCGACGCACCCCGUCAGGACCCACCAUCGCAGAGUACCAAACCGCCAUUCUGCAGCAACAACUCCAGCAGCAACAGCAAAACUACCGCCGUCAGCAUUCUCAGUCGCCUGCCUUGCGUGAUGUGGCCGAUUACGGGAAUGUUCCGCUGGGUCAAGGCCUGAACUACUUACCCCAGAGCAUCCAGUUGCAGCAGAGAUUGUUAUCUGAGCUAGCGCAAGCCGAGUUCUUGAGGGACAUGCAUGGCGGUGCGCCGGUCGAUCAGGAAGCUUUGCGAACAGAAGCCUUGCGGAAGAUCGUCGAAGCCGAGCAAAUGGAAGAGAAGAGAAGGCGGAAAGCUAUGAAGAUCGCCCGUAUGUCCAAAUACAACGAUCUGAUGACACAAUCGGACAAGGACUUCAUCACUCGUAUUCAGGUCUCACAGCUAGUCACUCAAGAUCCCUAUGCUGAGGACUUCUACGCCCAAGUGUACGGCGCCAUCCUACGGUCAAAGAUGGGAUUGCAGCCGCACGAUGAGCGGGUGCUGAAGUUCGGCUCUGGCGGAGGUGUGGGCCUGGGACUCGCGCAACAGAAGGGUAACAAUCGACGGCCGAACGCUAUGCAACGAAUGGAGCAACAAGUCGAGCGGAUUGUGAGCAAUGCACGUAAGAGGGAAGAAGAGAAAGGCGUGCACUCUCUCCAGAGUCUGCAGGGCGCUCUGGGCAAGACCUCUGGACGAAGCUACAAAGCGGCUCCGCGUCAAUUGUUGCAAGUCGACUCUUCGCCGACCCUAGGCAACACGCAUGCGCAUAUAUCGAAGCAAGACUCCAAUGACCAUGCCCAGCAGGCCAAACGGCUCGGACAGGAAGCUUUAGGACAUGCAGCGGAUAGCUCCGGUGUUACUCGCAGGGAGCCAUUGGCCCACAGGGAAGUUCUGUCCAUGCUUGAACAUCUGUACGACCUCGUUCUGCAAGCUGAGCAACUGCGGAGAGAUCAGCCUCUUCCGGACGAACAAGAGGAGUUGGCCGACUGGGAGUACGAGUACAAGCUUGUUGGUGAGCACCUAUGGGAAGGUCUUAAGGUUAUGGUUCCUCUCGAAACUAGCGACCCCCACCCAUUCAUAUCCCUCCUGAUGCCCGUAAAAGGAAAGAAGCUCCUGCCACGCCUAUGCCGCCACCUCGCCGACGAACAGAUCUACACCCUCCUUACUCUCCUUGUUGCGUGCUUCAACCAACUCGACGUCGUCAAGGAUGCUCCAAUCCUGGACACUCUGGAGGACACCCCCGAGCGCGCCGAAGUUGAUCGUCAGACACAGGCCUUCCUGACCGGCGGCGUCAUCCAGAGCAUCUUGCCUGUGAUGUCAAAGGCACCACUCCGUAUCGUCACUGGGCUUCUGGGAUUACUUCUUGAUAGGACCGAUAUAGCGGCGAUCACUCAGACGAAGCCUGGUUUGGCUCUCUUGACACUGUUGUUGAGCCGUGUCGAGGUCAUCAAGCAGAACACCGCCAAUUCUCUGGAAAUGCUCGAGGUGGAGGAAGAGCGCCCAUCUCCUGAAGAAGCUCAUCAAUGGACCCUCAUGUUCGACCAUCUCUUCCAACUCCUGACACCACAUCUUCUCGCUUUGUUCUCAUCUACUCGUCUCGCCCCUCUUCUCCCUCAAGGUACCCAAAUUGGUAUCGCUAUGGAUGAACUCGAUCAGCAAACGUGGCAGUUCCUUGCUGCCCUGGCAUUACACGCGUCCCCUGAACAGCACCAAGUCCUUGUAGCCAGUCUCCGCGAGAAGAUCCUCCACAACGUUGUCAGCAUCAACAAGGGCUGGGUGACUGACGAGGAAGAAACCCGCCUGAAACUCGCAAACGUCAACAUUUUCCUGAAUGCCAUCGGUCUAGACAGCUCUCAAAUAACACUCUAA